CAAUUUCUUUUUCUACAUAUAAAACCUUUCUUCUUCUCUCUCCCCAAAUCUUUUUCCUCUCCAUUUUCUUAACAAAAACCAUCUCUCAAAACUUCAACUUCAACCAAAGUCCAAACACACAUAAACAUACUUUUUUAUAAAACAAUAACAAUAAAAAUAAUAAAUCUAGGGUUAUAAUUAUUAUAUGGAUCCUCAUCUUCAUCACCAUCAACAUCAACAUCAUCUUCAACAACAACAACAACAACAACAUCAAUUUAGUCAUCAAAGUGUGAAUAUCGAUACAACAAGUGGAGGUGUUAAUAUUGGAGGCGGAGGGGAUAGAUUCCCUCAAUGGAGUAUUCAAGAAACAAGAGAUUUCUUGAUGAUUCGAGCGGAGUUGGAUCAAACUUUCAUGGAAACAAAAAGGAAUAAGCUUCUAUGGGAAGUCAUAGCAACAAAGAUGAAAGAAAAAGGUUAUAAUCGUAGCCCGGAACAGUGUAAAUGCAAAUGGAAAAAUCUUGUUACACGCUAUAAGGGAUGUGAGACACUUGAACCUGAAGCUCUAAGACAACAAUUUCCAUUUUACAAUGAGUUGCAAGCAAUUUUUGCAGCUAGGAUGCAAAGAAUGUUAUGGAUAGAGGCAGAAGGUGGCGGUGGAGGAGGAGGAGGAGCUAGCGGGUCGAAAAAGAAGUCUAUUUCUUCUGAUGAAGAGGAAGAAAAUGAUGAUAGUGAUGGAGAAAAAGUUGGCAAGAAGAAAAGAAAGGUUAAGGGAAAUAUGAUUGUUGGUAGUUCAAGUGGUGGUAAUAAUAAUAAUUUAGUGAGUAGUUUAAAGGAGAUUUUGGAUGAUUUCAUGAAGCAACAAAUGGUAAUGGAAAUGCAAUGGUUAAAAGCUUAUGAAGCAAAAGAAGAAGAGAGGAGAAUAAAGGAGAUGGAAUGGAGACAAACAAUGGAGGCUUUAGAAAAUGAGAGGCUAAUGAUGGAAACAAGAUGGAGAGAAAGGGAAGAACAAAGAAGGAUGAGAGAAGAAGCUAGAGCUGAGAAGAGGGAUGCACUUAUCACAACUCUUUUGAACAAGCUUAGAAGAGAAGAUCACAACAUGUAGGGGUGUACGUAUCAUCAGACCUUUCUAAAACAGUCAUCAUCUAUAACAGUAUUUCAUUAUAACAAUCAAGUUUUUUUCAUAUCGUUAUGUUAUGAGUAUUAUCAUAUGUUCUCAAUACUGUUAUAGAGAGGUUUGAUUUAUGUAUUUUAGGGUAUAAAGAAAGUGGAAUAUAUAUUAGCUAGCUAGGAGAUUAGACUAACUCUUUUUAUCAUCUUGAUUAAAUUUUGGCUGAUGAUUCUCUUGGGGAUAUAGUUAGAAAACAAGAAGCCUUUUGAUAAGAAGUUUGUCUUUGGUGCUAUCUUCUUGUAGUGAAAAAAACAAACUAAGUGUUAGUUCCAUGCAAUUCAUGUCUCUUCUUUUAUUUAGUUUGUAAGUUAUAAAAUUUCUCACUUUCUUGAUCUUUA